AUGUAUUUCAAACUCAUCAGCGCUUUGCUGGUCUUCAUGACUCUUUCUGAGGCGUCAUUCAAUCGUGGCGCCCUCAAUGCCUUCAAUCGAGACCAUCCUCGACGCCAGGAUCGCAGGAGCAUUCCCGCUCAUCCACAGCAGGCGUUUUUGAACAGACGCGAAGCUUCAAAGUUUCUCACCGAUAAGUCGAGAAGGUUUGUUGUCAACGGAACUGCUAUUCCAGAGGUGAACUUCGACAUUGGCGAAUCGUAUGCCGGCCUGCUACCUAUUUCUGAAGAGCCAGAUGAGGAGAGACAGCUAUACUUUUGGUUCUUUCCAAGCAUAAACCCUGAUGUUGGAAAUGAGGUUCUCAUCUGGCUGAAUGGAGGACCUGGAUGCAGUUCCCUCAGUGGUCUCAUCACAGAGAACGGCCCUUUUUUGUGGCAAGAUGGCACUCUUGCGCCAACGCCAAACACUUACAGUUGGACCAACUUGACUAACGUCAUCUGGGUCGAGCAACCUGUUGGUGUUGGCUUCAGCCAAGGAGAACCUGAUAUCACCAAUGAGGUUGAGCUUGGACAGCAAUUUAUCGGCUUUUGGCGAAACUUCAUCGAUACCUUCAGUCUUGAGGGGGCCACAACUUACAUCACGGGAGAGUCUUACGCAGGCUACUACGUUCCAUACAUCGCCGAUGCAUUCAUUGCUGCUGAAGACGACCAGUACUACAAGCUCGGUGGUGUGGCCAUCAAUGAUCCCAUUAUCGGAGACGGGACGCUUCAGCAGCAAGCUGUCAUUUUCCCGUUUGUUGAGUACUGGCAAAACGUCUUCAACUUGAACCAAACUUAUAUGAACGCGCUGCGCUGGACUCACGAGCAUUGCAACUUCUCGAGUUAUCUGCAAGAGUACGGCACCUUUCCGCCCAAGGGGCCAUUUCCAGUUCUUCCGGAUCCAUACAGCGACCCGUCUGGAAACUACACCUGCGACAUUUUCGACUGGGCUUACGAAGCUGCUCUCGAUGCCAACCCCUGCUUCAACAUCUACCACAUCACUGACACUUGCCCUAACACGUACUCGCAAUUGGGUAUUGUGAAUCAGGGUGACUACACACCGCCAGAUGCCAAAGUCUUCUUCAAUCGCACCGAUGUCCAAGACGCGAUAAAUGCACCUCACGUGGACUGGUACCAGUGCACACCUAGAAACGUUUUUGGCGGCGGGGAUCCAAAGUCAAACUCUAGCGACACUUCGGCGGCAGCAGCUCAGAAUGAGGUCCUACGUCGCGUCAUUGAGCACACGAAUAACACCAUCAUUGGAGUUGGCCGUCUUGAUUACAUUCUCCCGCCCAACGGAACUUUGUUCGCCCUCCAGAACACAACCUGGAAUGGCUUACAGGGGUUUCAAAAAUACCCCCAGGAUCACCAGUUCUAUGUUCCCUACCAUCCUGAGUAUAACGGCGGGAGAUUGAGUGAGGCGGGAAUCGUGGGCAAUUUUGGUUCCGAGCGAGGUUUGACGUACUACGAGGUUCAGCUGGCCGGUCAUGAACUGCCUGGCUACACCGCUGGAUCGGGUUACCGUGUGAUUGAGCUACUGCUUGGCAAGAUCAAGUCUCUGGACACAGUUGAGGAUUUCACGACCCAAGAGGGCGAUUUCCAAGGGAACGCGACAAUCGCCAACCUUUAA